AUGGCUCUCGGGGGCCUUCCUUUACCGGGUCCCCGCGCAUACCCCAUUGUGGGGAAUGUGCUGCAGAUUGAUACCAGCAGCACCCUCAAGUCCCUUGAUAAGUUUACUGAUCAAUAUGGCGAAAUCUACCGCCUCGUGCUACCUUGGGGAACAACCGCCAUUGUUACAACAGCAGCCCUCGUCCAUGAGGUCUCCGAUGAAACACGCUUCAAGAAGCCUAUCAUUGCUGACCUCGAGCAACUCCGCAAUGGCGUUCCCGCUGGGAUGUUCACCACCCCGACAGAAGAACCAGUAUGGGGUAUCGCCCACCGCGUCCUAACCCCUGCUUUCGGGCCGGUGCCCAUCCAAGAAAUGUUUCCCGAGAUGCACGAAUUGGCUGCCCAGCUUGUCAUGAAGUGGGCUCGCCACGGCCCUGAGCAAUCCAUUGCGGUCAGUGAAGACUUCACCCGACUUGCCCUCGACACCAUUGCCCUGUGUUCGAUGAAUUUCCGAUUCAACUCUUACUAUCACGACGAGCUGCAUCCUUUCAUUACCGCAAUGGCCAAUUUCUUGACCGAGUCUGGAAACCGAUCCCUCAAGGGCAACUUCUUGUCCAGUCUAUUUUUCUGGUCAAGCAACAAGUACUUUGCUGACAUCAAGACCCUGAGGGACAUUGCUCAGUCAGUUCUCGAUGCCCGGAGAGCGAAUCCAAACGGAAGAAAAGACUUGUUGUCGGCAAUGCUGGAUGGCGUGGACAGGAAGACAGGCGAGAAGUUGGAUGACGGGGCUAUCAUCGACAACCUCAUCACCUUUUUGAUCGCAGGCCACGAGACCACAAGUGGCAUGUUGAGCUUUGCGUUUGUGAUGCUGCUCAAGAACCCAGAGACGCUGAAGAAGGCCCGCCAGGAGGUCGACGAGGUGAUCGGUCGAGGACCGAUUACGGCCGAGCACAUGAAAAAGUUGCCAUACAUUACUGCCAUUCUUCGAGAGACGCUCAGACUAUGUCCGACCAUUCCUUCGUACGGCGUUCAGGCUCUCGAAGACACAGUUAUCGGGGGCAAAUGGGCAAUCGCCAAGGGUCAGGUCGUUCUUCUCUAUCUGGCGAGAUCGCAUCGAGACAAAGCGGUCUAUGGCGAAACAGCUGACGAAUUCAUUCCUGAGAGGAUGCUCGAUGAGAAUUUUGAUCGGCUCAGCAAAGAACAUCCUGGGUUUUGGAAGCCUUUUGGAAAUGGUCAGCGAGGAUGCAUAGGGCGCGCGUUCGCCUGGCAAGAAGCCAUGGUCAUAAUGGCAAUGCUGCUGCAAAACUUUGACUUUAAGAUGUCGGAUCCGUCCUACGAGCUCAAGAUUAAAGAGACUCUGACCACCAAGCCUGAGGGAUUCGAGAUGAAAGCCAAGCUGAGGCACGGGUUGACGCCUACCGAGCUGGAGAGACAACUGAACGGCAGCCUUUUGGAGAAGAGCACACUUUCCAAACACCCGCACGCCCAAGCGACAGAGAAAGGGACACAGCUCAAGCAGCUCAACAUUUUUUACGGAUCCAACACUGGCACGUGUGAGGCGCUUGCCCAGAGGCUGGCCAUGGACGCCCCUUCACACGGAUACAAUGCAACAAUCAUCGAUGCGCUUGAUGCAGCAGCAAACCAGCUCCCCAAAGAUAACGCCACCCCUGUUGCUUUCAUCACUGCGUCUUACGAAGGAGAACCGCCUGAUAAUGCCACCGAUUUUGUCACCUGGAUCAAAGACUUGCCUGACACAUCCUCCCUCAAAGGAACCUCUUAUGCCGUCUUUGGCUGUGGCCACCGCGACUGGGCCAACACCUUCCACAAAGUCCCUCGUCUGGUCUACAACACUCUUGAACAAAAGGGCGCUACCCCUAUUUGCGAUCUCGGUCUGACAGAUGUUUCCCAAGGUGAGAUGUUCACCGACUUUGAGCAAUGGGAAGACGACGUGUUCUGGCCUGCCAUCAAGUCAAAAUACGGUUCUGCUGUGGGUGGUGGCAGGCAACAGGCUCUUGAGGUUCAGUUCUCAACCCCCCGUGCUUCGACUUUGAGGCAAGACGUCGAGGAGGCUGUAGUGGUGGAGGAAAAGACUCUGACCAAGGGAAAUGGGGUUCCAAAGAAGCAUCUCGAAGUCCAGCUUCCGGAAGGCAUGACAUACCGCGCUGGGGACUAUCUGGCCGUGUUGCCGGUGAAUCCCAAAGAGAGUAUCGACCGGGUGAUGAGAAAGUUUGGGUUGGCUUGGGAUAGCCAUAUCACGGUUGCCGGUGGGGCUGAGGGCAAGAAGACGACGCUUCCAACUGGAGUACCAGUGCCAGUCCACGAGGUGCUUGGCUCUUACGUUGAGCUGUCGCAACCUGUCACCAAGAGGGGCGUACAAACACUUUCCAACUUCACUUCAGCUGCAGCCGACAGAGCAGCACUGUCUGCUCUUUCCACGAACCCCGAGCUCUACACUUCGACCAUCAUCACCCCUCGGCUAUCAUUACUGGACAUUCUCGACAGAUAUCCUUCCAUCUCUCUUCCCUUCGGCACAUUCCUCUCACUCAUCCCCCCGAUGAGAGUGAGGCAGUACUCGAUUUCCUCUUCCCCUUUGGCAUCGCCUUCCAAGGCUACUCUCACUUACACCCUCCUCUCCGGCCAGUCAUUGGCCAACCCCGCCAAUUUGUUCGCAGGUGUCGCUACGUCGUAUCUGUCUGCCCUAAGGCAGGGGGAUAGACUUCUUGUCUCUGUCCGGCAAUCACACUCGUCGUUCCACCUACCCUCCAAUGUCGAGACCCCGGUGGUGAUGAUUGCCGCCGGAGCGGGCAUAGCCCCCUUCCGUGGUUUCAUUCAAGAGCGGGCGGCCUUAGCAUCUCAGGGUAAUAAACUUGGCAAAGCGUUGCUCUUCUUUGGCUGCCGGCAUCCCGACUGGGAUGACCUUUAUUGUGACGAGCUUGAGAAGUGGGAGGCUGAUGGUAUUGUGAAAGUGACAAGGGCUUAUAGCAGACAGAAUGACCGGGAAUACGUCGGUGACAGUGUUCUGAACUACAAAGACGAAGUGAAGCAGCUGUGGGACAAUGGUGCAAGAGUGUACGUUUGUGGCAGUCGGGCAGUCGGAGAUGGUGUGAGAAGCGCCUUGGGGAGGGUUGUGCUUGGUGACGAGGCAAAGGAGGGGGAGAUUGCAAAGUGGUUUGAGGGGGUGAGAAAUGUCAGGUAUGCGGUCGACGUUUUUGACUAGUUCCAGCUUGUUGUCAGUUACCAGAUGUUUAAUUGGCAAAUGUCUAUCCUGCCGGACUGCGGAAUGCCAUGUUGUUUAUUGAAGGGAUAAGAUUGGUAAUCAGGCGUUCAUAGAUCCCACUCUCUGCUUAGUUAUAUCUGCUCUAUCUUUGAAAAGCUCAAUUUAGUACCUUUGAAUGUGA